AUGGGGGUAGGGUUUCGCGGGGCGGCGGUGUUGCCGUUUUGUUUUUUUCUUCUUUCUCUCAUUUCGCACUAUCCCCAUGCUGUGAGAGGUGAUGACACUGAGGGUGACGGAAAAGUGAAGGAUGUGGUGAUCGGCAUUGACCUGGGUACCACGUACUCUUGCGUCGGAGUGUACCGACAGGGCCGCGUGGACAUCAUUCCCAAUGACCAGGGCAACCGUAUUACUCCCAGCUACGUCUCUUUCGCUGAAGAUGAGCGCAAGAUUGGCGAGGCUGCCAAGAAUGAGGCUGCUAUCAACCCAACGAACACUAUCUUCGACGUCAAGAGGCUCAUUGGGCGCCGCUUCAACGAGAAGGAAGUGCAGCGCGACAAGGAGCUGCUGCCGUACGAAAUUAUCAACAAGGAUGGAAAGCCAUACAUUCGCGUCAUGGUCAAGGGCCAGCCCAAGGAGCUCGCCCCUGAAGAGGUCUCAGCUAUGGUUCUGGGAAAGAUGAAGGAAGUUGCAGAGAGCUACUUGGGCAAAGAAGUCAAGAACGCCGUGGUCACCGUCCCAGCCUACUUCAACGAUGCCCAGCGCCAGGCCACUAAGGACGCUGGCGCCAUCGCUGGCCUCAACGUCAUCCGUAUCAUCAACGAGCCCACCGCCGCAGCCAUUGCCUACGGUCUGGACAAGAAGGACGAGAAGACCAUUCUGGUGUACGAUCUUGGUGGUGGUACCUUCGAUGUCUCAGUGCUGGUCAUCGACAACGGCGUCUUCGAGGUCCACGCCACUUCCGGUGACACUCACUUGGGUGGUGAGGACUUCGACCAGAGAGUCAUGGACCACUUCCUGAAGAUCAUUCAGAAGAAGUACAACAAGGACCUGCGGAAGGACAAGAGCGCCCUCCAGCGCCUCCGCAGAGAAGUUGAACGUGCAAAGAGAGCUCUUUCCUCAUCCCAUCAGGUUACCGUGGAAGUUGAGGGUCUUGUUGACGGUGAGGACUUCUCUGAGACGCUGACUCGCGCCAAGUUCGAGGAGCUGAACGCCGACCUCUUCCAGAAGACUCUGAAGCCGGUGAAGCAGGUGCUGGAGGACGCAGACUUGAAGAAGUCACAGAUCGACGAAAUUGUGCUGGUCGGUGGCUCCACUCGUAUCCCGAAGAUUCAGCAGCUCAUCAAGGAGUUCUUCAACGGCAAGGAACCCAACAGAGGCAUCAACCCCGACGAAGCCGUCGCCUACGGUGCAGCUGUCCAGGCCGGUAUUCUCUCAGGGGAGGGCACCCAGGACAUGGUGCUGCUCGAUGUCACCCCCCUGACUCUCGGUAUUGAAACCGCUGGAGGCGUCAUGGCUAAGGUCAUCAACAAGAAUACUGUCAUCCCCACGAAGAAGACUCAAACCUUCUCGACCUACUCUGACAACCAAUCCGCUGUGCUCAUUCAGGUGUACGAGGGUGAGCGGCCAAUGACGAAGAACAACCACUUGCUGGGCAAGUUCGAGCUGACUGGCAUCCCGCCUGCUCCACGGGGCGUUCCGCAGAUCGAUGUGACAUUCGACGUGGACAGGAAUGGUAUUUUGAACGUCAGCGCUGUUGACAAGGGCACGGGCAAGAGCGAGAAGAUCACCAUCACAAAUGACAAGGGCCGGCUGACUCCUGAUGAGAUUGAGCGCAUGAUCCAGGAAGCUGAGCGUUUCGCUGACGAAGACCGGAAGACCAAGGAGCGCGUCGACGCCCGCAACGCCCUUGAGGGCUACCUGCACAGCAUGCGGUCUACGGUUGAGGACAAGGACAAGCUAGCGGACAAGAUUGAAGACGAUGACAAGAAGACCAUCAUGGACAAGAUCACCGAGGCGAACGAAUGGCUCGUCGCAAACCCUGAGGCAGACGGCGAGGAGCUCAGAGACAAGCUCAAGGAUGUUGAGAGCGUUUGCAACCCCAUCAUCUCCAAAGUUUACGGCCAGACUGGGGGCCCCUCUGACUCGGGUGCGACCUCCACUUCUGAUGAUGACUACAGCAGCCACGACGAGCUCUAA